AAUCUCGCGAGAGUUUGUCACAAACGUCAUACGACCUCUUGCACAAUUUCAGUCUACAGCAGCAUUGAGGAGCAAGCAGCAAAGACGAUUCAGGAUGAACAGAGCUCUAAACAAAACAAGUCUGAAACAACUGACUGGUCUCAUUCAGAGGUUUCAGAGCACCUUGGUGGUUGCAGAGCACAACAAUGAAAAGUUGACCCCUAUCACGCUCAAUGCCAUCACUGCUGCCAGUAAGCUGGGUGGGGAGGUGUCUUGUCUGGUUGCUGGAACAGACUGUGCCAAGGUUGUGGAACAAAUCAGCAAGGUACAAGGUGUGAAGAAAGUUCUGGUGGCCCAACAUGACUCUUACAAAGGUUUCCUGCCAGAGGAGAUGACCCCACUUAUCCUUGCGACACAAAAGCAAUUCAGUUACACUCACAUCUGUGCUGGAGCGUCUGCCUUCGGAAAGAACCUGCUUCCCAGAGUGGCUGCCAAGUUGGAUGUUGCCCCAAUUUCAGAUAUUAUUGAGAUCAAGUCCCCAGACACCUUUGUCAGAACCAUUUAUGCUGGAAAUGCCCUCAGCACAGUGAAAUGUAACGAGCCAAUCAAAAUCUUCACUGUCAGAGGGACGUCCUUUGAGCCAGCUGAGGUAGAAGGAGGAAGUGCUUCAACAGAAGAUGUUGCUGCAUCUGCUCCCUCCGGAGUUUCUGAGUGGCUUGAACAGAGUCUGACUAAGAGCGACCGUCCAGAGCUGACCAGCGCUAAAGUUGUCGUGUCAGGAGGAAGGGGCCUGAAGAGUGGAGAUAACUUCAAGCUGCUCUAUGACCUUGCUGACAAGCUGAAUGCUGCAGUUGGUGCAUCCAGAGCUGCAGUGGACGCUGGGUAUGUCCCGAAUGACAUGCAGGUUGGACAGACGGGCAAAAUUGUAGCACCAGAGUUGUACAUUGCUGUUGGGAUCUCUGGAGCCAUUCAACACCUGGCUGGAAUGAAAGACAGCAAGACUAUUGUUGCCAUCAACAAGGACCCAGAGGCUCCAAUCUUCCAGGUGGCUGACUAUGGCUUGGUGGCAGAUCUUUUCAAGGCUGUUCCUGAGAUGACUGAGGCACUGAGCAAGUGAGGAGAAACAACCUACUACAAAACGUUUGAAUCUGAGCCCACAUGGGAAAGUAAUCAUUGGACAUCAUAGUCAAUGCCUUAAUAUAUUUCUUAAGCUGUGGACUCUCAUGUACUUUGUUUGUAUACAGAAAUAGUUUUUAACAUCUCUGACAAACUGAAAGCAGGAGUUCAUUCUCAAUCUACAGAUAAACACCUGGGGGUAAUAUUUGCAUGUUGUAGACUUGCUUGUAAUUAGUUUUUAAUUUUCUGGUGCAGUACAGGAUAUCGUUGGGGUAUGCUCGUCUUGCAUCUCGACAUCCAACUCUUACAUAUUUGCCUGUAAGAUGUAGAUCUUGGUGAUUUGAAGAUUUGUACUUUGAGGUGCUCUUGCAGAGUAAUGUAUUAAACUCACAAAUCAUAACUA